GUGGUCUGCACCCGGCGCGGCCUCGCCGAGGUGCCCCCCGGCAUCCCCUCCAACACCCGCUAUCUCAACCUCAUGGAGAACAACAUCCAGAUGAUCCAGGCGGACACGUUCCGUCACCUGCAUCACCUGGAGGUCCUGCAGCUGGGCCGCAACGCCAUCCGGCAGAUCGAGGUGGGGGCUUUCAACGGGCUGGCCAGCCUCAACACCUUGGAGCUCUUCGACAACUGGUUGACCGUCAUCCCCAGCGGGGCCUUCGAGUACCUCUCCAAGCUGCGGGAGCUGUGGCUGAGGAACAACCCCAUCGAGAGCAUCCCCUCGUACGCCUUCAACCGCGUGCCCUCCCUCAUGCGCCUGGACCUGGGCGAGCUGAAGAAGCUGGAGUACAUCUCCGAGGGGGCUUUCGAGGGCUUGUACAACCUCAAGUACCUCAACCUGGGGAUGUGCAACAUCAAGGACAUGCCCAACCUGACGCCCUUGGUGGGGCUGGAGGAGCUGGAGAUGUCGGGCAACAACUUCCCCGCGAUCCAACCGGGCUCCUUCCACGGGCUCAAGUCCCUCAAGAAGCUCUGGAUUAUGAACUCGCAGAUCAACCUGAUCGAGCGCAACGCCUUCGACGACCUGACGGCGCUGGUGGAGCUCAACCUGGCCCACAACAACCUCUCCUCCCUGCCCCACGACCUCUUCGCCCCGCUGCGCUACCUGGUAGAGCUCCACCUGCACCACAACCCCUGGGACUGCGACUGCGACAUCCUCUGGCUGUCGUGGUGGCUGCGGGAGUACAUCCCCACCAACUCCACCUGCUGCGGGCGCUGCCAUGCCCCGCUGCACAUGCGGGGCAGGUUCCUGGUGGAGGUGGACCAGACCUCCUUCCAGUGCUCGGCGCCCUUCAUCAUGGACGCCCCCACGGACCUCAACAUCUCCGAGGGGCGGGUGGCCGAGCUCAAGUGUCGGACUCCUUCCAUGUCCUCCGUUAGGUGGUUGCUGCCCAACGGGACGGUCCUGAGCCACGCGUCCGGCCACCCGCGCAUCUCCGUCCUCAACGACGGCACUUUGAACUUCUCCCACGUCUUGCUGACGGACACCGGGCUCUACACCUGCAUGGUGACCAACGUGGCGGGGAACUCCAACGCCUCGGCCUACCUCAACGUGAGCACGGCCGAGCUCAACAACGGUCCUGAGCCACGCGUCCGGCCACCCGCGCAUCUCCGUCCUCAACGACGGCACUUUGAACUUCUCCCACGUCUUGCUGACGGACACCGGGCUCUACACCUGCAUGGUGACCAACGUGGCGGGGAACUCCAACGCCUCGGCCUACCUCAAC